AUGCCCAAAGAAACCCCCAUCACAACCACCCAGGCGCGUCUACAAAACGACUACGGCGCCGACCUGUGGGUGAAGAAGCAAGCGCCUCAUCGACACCCCACAGCAGGCCGCGGCCUCUUCGCCGGCCUGCAAGACGUAAAGCAAUAUAACGUGGACUCGGGGUGGGCGAAGCGCGGCAACGAGGACUCCGCGGGGCUGUUUGGGUUUUUGUAUAAUCGGAUAUUCGGUGGGGGGUAUAGACGGCCGGAGUAA